AAGGACUUGGGGUAAAGUUCAUGCAGGAUCUGCCAUGUAAAGCGUGUGUUGCAUGUAGCUUUUAGGAAUGUGACAAACAGGAUUUCCACAAAACAAAAGGCUCCCUGUGCAAAGCCUAGCACUACAGCCCCGCUGCUCUUAUCACAGGAGAAGCUAUAGGCUCCAUUACCAGAAAAAGUGGACAUGUCUUCCAUCAAGAUAGAAUGUGUAGUCAGUGAGACGUACAAGAUUGGAGAGUCCCCAGUGUGGGAGGAGAAGGAAGGAACGCUACUGUUUGUGGAUAUUACAGGCCAAAAGGUUUGUCGGUGGGACCCCAGUACUAAGAAAGUGCAGAGUGUAUCAGUAGAAGCCCCAAUAGGAUCUGUGGCCCUUCGGAAAUCAGGAGGUUAUGUUUUGGCCAUGGGCAACACUUUUUCAGCUCUGAACUGGGAGGACCAGUCUGUUACCACUCUUGCACGUGUAGAUGAGGACAAGCCAAACAACAGGUUUAAUGAUGGCAAGGUUGAUCCUGAAGGAAGAUUUCUUGCAGGUACCAUGUCGCAAGAAAUUCGCCCUGCAGUAGUGGAGAGGAACCAGGGUUCUUUGUUCACCCUCUACCCUGACCAUUCUGUCGUGAAACACUUUGACAUGGUUGAUAUCUCUAAUGGAUUAGACUGGUCUCUGGAUCACAAAACUCUCUAUUACAUAGACAGUCUGUCCUUUAAAGUUGAUGCCUUAGACUAUGAUAUGAAAACUGGCAAAAGCUCAAAUCGAAGGACUCUGUACAAAUUACAGCAGGAUGAAGGGAUCCCAGAUGGCAUGUGCAUAGAUGCAGAAGGGAAACUCUGGGUGGCCUGUUAUAAUGGAGGAAGAGUGAUCCGCAUAGAUCCUGAAACAGGGAAGCAAAUUCAGACUGUAAAGUUACCUAUCGAUAAGACAACUUCCUGCUGCUUUGGAGGCCCGGAUUACUCAGAGAUGUAUGUGACUUCUGCUUGUGAUGGGAUGGACGAAGACUGGAAGAAACGCCAGCCUCAAUCUGGAGGGAUAUACAAAAUUACUGGACUUGGAGUAAAAGGAAUCGCACCAACUGCAUUUGCUGGUUAAUUAAGAGCUCUCAGUGUUCCAGGCAACAUCGGAGAAUGUAGAAAUUCUAUUAGCUUUAUCUACAGACCUCCCAUGUUAGUGCUGACUCUUCUGACCUCAAAUAUAUAGCACAUCUCUUACAUCUCUUAAUAAAACCAUCUGGUUUUUUUUUA